GUUUCCUAUCUGAUCUGUUUGCGCUUCUGUUGAACCUUUUAGAGAGGAGAGAAGACGGGACGUCAAAGUCCCGCCUGUGUUCAUAUGCUGGUAGGCCUACUCUCCAAAACGUGACGCUUCUACCAGGGGAUUGGUUCGGUGCCAUGUCAGUACAGGCGCCCACCCUCCGAGUGUUUCAGAUUGAGUUGGAAGUGUUUGAGACAGUAGGCUAGACACCAAGACAUAGGGGGUGGGGAGGCACCUCAUAAUCGUCGUUGACACACACCGCAGGCGAAGCGACACCUGCGACCGGAGAGGCAAAAGUCAUUUAGCUAGCUGACAACUUGCGCGGCGAUGGAGGAGGAAAUAGUGCCAGCAGACGACGGUCUCUCGGCUUCCAAGAUAUGCCGCCAGCAGCGCAGUCUUUACAGCGCGCUCAAGACGUUCCCGAACAAGCGGGCAGCUGGCAAGGCGAGGUUUGACAGACCCACAAUGGUGGAUAUCCCGCAUCUCGGAGACGCAGGAGGGCAGCAUCCCCAUCCGUCUUUCAGUCAUUAUAAUCAGUAUUCACAUCAGCAGCAGCAGCAACGCCUGCAGUUUCAUCAAGCCACUGUCACUAUCAGUAGCAGCCAACAGCAGCCUCAGACGUCGUACCGUUUCCCCUGCGAAAACAGGCCCAGUAGCAGCAGCGUCGCGACAUCUACCUCAGCAUCAGCAGGAAGCGGAACGGCGGCAGCAUCCCUUGGCAGCCAGCGGAAGAUCGGCUGUGGUGGUGGAGGCGUCGGAGCAGGGUUGCACCCCGACUCCAGGCACUCAGGGCGAGCCGAGCUUCGUCAGGAGUCUCCAGACUGCAGUUAUGGAAUGAGCAACGAGAAUCGGCUCAUUCUGGACGCAUUUGCCCAGCAGUGCAGUCGCGUGCUCAGCCUCCUGAACAGCAAUGGGCGCUUCAUGGAGCCCCACGGCUCGCUGCCCGCACCCUUCCCCUCCUCCCACAUCAAGCAGGAGGACCUGGAGAGGCCACCGGGCAGCGGUGGGCCCUCCCCCGCGGCCAAGCCUCGGCCCGUAGAGGCCCCCGGGCUGGACCCCGGGGACGUGGAGGCCCAGCGCGUGGCGGGCAGCACCUGGAGCCAACAGCAGACCUCGGCCUUCCUGCGCGUCUUCACCGAGUCCCUGCAGAGCUACCUGCUCACCGGGCCGCCGCCGGAGGGGGAACGCUGCCGGCCAGCGCACCUGGAGCCCCCUGCCCCCGCCGGCAGCACUGCCUCCCCCCGGCACAGCAUGGGCGGCUGGGCCUCGCCAUCUCCGUCCGAGUCCUACGGCCACCCGUCGUCCACGCUGCCCGAGGAGGAGGAGGAGGAGGAAGGCUGCUGUCCACGCUGCAUCGAGCUGGAGCAGGAGGUGCUGUGCCUGCAGCAGGAGAACGAGGAGCUGCGCAACAAGCUGGAGAGCGUGCCAGCCCCCUGUCAGAGCGUACUGGACUUCUUUAAGGCAGUGUUGCAACAACACAACCAGCUCCUCCAGCCCCCGCCCGAGGAGCAGUUGACAGAGGUGAGGACACACAUCCGCUCCAGGACGUCCAUCCCUGAGAAGGGUAGCAAACAGCUGUUGGGGAACUACCCGCUCUUUAUCACUAACAAGCAGUGGGACGAGGCUGUGAACUCUUCCAAAAAAGAUGGCCGCCGCCUGCUCCGCUAUCUUAUUCGGUACGUCUUCACCACGGACGAACUGAAGUACUCCUGCGGCCUGGGCAAGAGGAAACGCUCUGUCCAGACGGGGGAGAUCGGGCCCGAGAGACGACCUCUGAACCCGGUCAAGGUCACCUGUCUCAGAGAGUUCAUCCGAAUGCACUGUGCGUCCAACCCAGACUGGUGGAUGCCCUCUGAGGAGCAGAUUAACAAAGUGUUCAGUGACGCAGUGGGUCACGCACGUCAGGGACGAGCGGUGGGCACCUUCCUGGCCAACGGGGGUUGUGGCGGGGUUGGAAGUGGCGGGGGUGGGGGUGGAGGCAGCGGGAGCAGCAGCAGCAGUAGCAGCCUCUACAUGGAGGGUUUUGAUGGCCAACUGUCCCAAGACGAGCUCUUCCUGAAGCCGCCACAGAAUGGGCUCGGCGACUAAGACAGGCUCGUUGACUAAGACGUUUGCUUUGGUUGACCCCAAGACUUUCUUUAAAAGACAGCCCCACACAGUAAGGACACAAGGCCUAGCCAUGCAUUGAACUCACACUGAGAUUAUUGAAAAGGAGGCUCAAAAUAUAGCUCCUUAUUAAUGGUUCCCCCCUUGUGCCAAGUAGAGACUUCUUCCGACCUGUGAACAUUCCAGAAUCCUCUCAGCACCCUGAAACCUCUACAGAUUCCAUUGUUAUUAUGUGUGUUUUUUUUGUUUUUGUUUUUUUUUGGGGGGGGGGGGGGGGGGCUUGUUUUUGUCCAUGGACCUACCCUCGCACAGGUCUGAUGUUCCAUGGCUAGUUCGUCUCACAGUUGCACCCAGAUUAGUAUGAUCUCUUAAAAUCCUUUUUUGUAAGGUUUUAUUAUCAAUACUAGAGUAUUAUUGCAAUAGUCGUUUGCAUUCCUACUUAAGAAAUGCCUUUGUAAAGUUUUUAUUACUCAGGAUACAUGUUGAUAUUUUUGCCUCAUUGCUAUAUCUGCCAUGCCAUAAACUGUGGUUCUGAAUGUACUGGAAUAUACUGUUCAAGUAAGUUAUUUGACAAAAAAAAUAUUACUCCAUGCAUAAGUGCAAAAUAAUUGUUAAUAGAUUGUUAUGGUGCUAUGGAAAAUCUGAUGUUUUAUUUACUUAAAUUAACUUUAAAUUAUAUAAUGCAUUUGCUACUCUGUCAGAUCAGAGAACAAAGUGCCAUGUUGUAUCUGAACUUGUUCAAUACAUACACACAACAUCAACUCUGUAUAUAUUGGAGUGACUGUACCUAUAUUUCCUCCAUGGGGUCCUAAAGACCUGCUUUGUGACAACUUUGUGACAUUUCCAGUCUCUUAAAGACCAAAAUAGCACUUUUCAUAACCUUUACAUGAUGACAUGAUGACAGUCCCCUGGGACUAGCAAGGCAUCGUUGUGUGAAAUGUGUUUUUGCAUUGUAUUGUACAGCUGGGCACUAAGGGUUGAACUUGCAUCAAUGAACAUUACCUGCCAUGUAAGGUUUAAGCCUGUGUGACAACUUAAACCUGAACAGUGGGCAUCUUUCCAACAGCAUGUUAUGUCUGCUUGUCUCAUCUUGUCCUGAACUCAAGAAAUGGUUUUAGUGAAAAGCCUCAAGCACUAAGGCUUGUCAUUGUGCUGUAUCAUGUUGUGACUGUUAACACGUAGCCACCUUUGCUCUCUGACAAUUAAUCUUUUACUCUCUGAGUUACCCUGUCGACACUGUGAAAUUGACAGACUAACAGAAUUUGACAUGUACUUGUGAUAUUUUUUUCUCAGUAUAGCCUCUUUGUCAGUUAAAAUAGUUUCAUGGAGAAAAAAUAGCUAAGCAGGUGUCCUUUACCCAGCAGAGGGGUUUAACUGGGAAUGUGCUGUAUCUUCCUAAAAAGAUAUUAAAAGUGACUUCAGUCUGGAAUGUGU